UCUCUCUCCCGGUCCAAAUGAUCCAAUAACCCCUUUACUCUCCUGUAAGUCACUCUCGCUCUCACUUUCCAAAACAAAAGAAGAAACUAAAUUAUCUCUCUCAGAGAAAACAGACAUGGAAAUGGAACCAAGCCCACCAGUGGUAGCAAAGAAGCUAUGGAGAGUAAUACGCAUAGUUUUUUUCAUGAUAAAGGCAGGCAUAUCAAAGAGCAAAAUAAUGCUUGACCUUCAUUUGAUGCUGAAGCGAGGCAAUAAGAUUGCAGGAAAGGCAAUAGGCGACCUCAUAUUCCACCAUACUUCUUCCUUCAGUUGUCGUUCCAACGACGCCCUCUCGUUCGUUUCUCCCAGAGAGUACGAAUUUAGUUGCAGCAACAGCCCCACUUUUUACCCUUUUUACACCCACAAACGCAAAUACCACCACCACAGUCUUAACCGUCUCGCCAAAACCUACCGUUAUGACGAUGUUACCAGGGUUCACGCCGUGCAAAAGGUUCUCGAGCUGUUAAAUAACGAGGCGGCGGCUGAGGAGGCCUCGCCGUUGACCUCGUUGCCGGGGUUCGGACGGAGUCCAAUGGUGAGACAGUUGAGAAUAACGGACUCGCCGUUUCCGUUAAAAGACGACGGAGACAGUCAAGUAGACAAAGCUGCAGAGGAGUUCAUUAAAAAGUUCUACAAAGACCUUAAGUCGCAGAAGUGAAUGUCAGCGCUCGAGUCACCGUACCAUCAGUUAUGGGGAUGAGUCAACUCCGUUGGUUGUGAGUAACUACCGGAAGGCAGCAAUUUAGCAUCCUUUGGACGAAUUGAAGUUACGCCUGCAAUGGAGUUUUACCUUUCGAAUUUGCUAUAUAUUAAUUUAUUUUUGGAUUUUCAGGUUUAUAAAUGUUAUUAUUCUUUUUACAAAAUAAAAUUCUAAGUUAGUAUCCGUGCA